ACAAGAUCAGCCAAGACUCUGGUUGGGCGACUACCCCCUGCCCCCCUGCCCACCUUUGUGACGGGCGAUCGUGCCCGAUAACGAUACGAUUUACAUGCCUUACAACACCGUCCGCGCCCGCGCCCGCUCCCCCACGCCAUCGCACCUGGUUCUUCUAGGUCAUGUCUCCCGAGACGGUGGCACGCACAAGCUCCUCCAAGACGGCCACAGAGGCGCCUCGACCAUGAGUCCCAUGGCCCGGCCCUCGCUGCUCCUGGACGAGCCGGUCGCAGGUUGGAAGCUCCAGCUGCCCGAACUCGCAGAUGCCGACUACGUCCGCGAGGUCCUGGCCCGGUCCGACGGCGCGACCGAGGCCGACAUCGAGCACGAGUUGGUGUCCAAGGCCGCCGCCCUGCGCAUCGAGCUGCCCGCGUCAGCGUUUCCGUUUCCGGAUCCGCAAGAGCGCUCGCACGAGCCGCGGGCGCCCGGCGUGCAGCAGCAGCAGCAGAACAGCGCGGCCUCGACGGGCUCGGACGGCGGCAGCGCAGAUUGUUCCGCGACGCUGCAGAUCUCGGACCGUGGGGCGGCGAGUCCCGGUACACCAGCAACAGCAACAAUAACAAGGGAAACAACAAUGACAAGGGAAGCAACGGCAACGAGAAGGCGGUCGAGGAGCCUCAGCUUCUCCCAGUACGAGAGGUACAUCAGCCAGGUCGAUCCCGCGCUCGAACAGUCAAAGUUCCAGAAAUCGGAGCCGGCCGGGGGCAUCGCUGCGAAACCGAGCGGGAAGAAGGGUGUCAGGGGUAUCACUCGCAGCAUCACGGCCAGGUUGAGGAGGAGAAAGCCGAGCCCGGAUCAGCCAAUGCCUUGUAUUUGCUGUCGCGAGGACUUCCUUGUCGGCAACACGGCCCUGCACACGAUACCUUGCGGUCAUUGCUACUGCCGCGACUGCCUUACCAUCAUGGUCGAGCAGUCCAUGCUGGACGAGUCCAAGAUGCCGCCGCGGUGUUGCACCCAGCCGAUCCCCGCCGCCAUCAUCAAGACGGUCCUCCCGAGGGAGAAGCAGCAGCUCUUCCUCAAGGCGGUGGUGCAGUACAGCACGCCCUGGGAGGCGCGCGUCUUCUGCCCAAACACUUCGUGCGGCGAGUUCAUCCCGCCCGCGAGCAAGCCCGACACCAAGCACCCGUUCGAGACGCUCUGCCAGUCGUGCCAGACGCGCGUCUGCACCAUGUGCAAGCGCAGCGCCCACCAGCUGGGCCAGGACUGCCCCGAGGACAAGGAAAGCGACGCGGUGCUCCGCAUGGGCGAGCGGUCCGGCUGGCGCCGCUGCUACAAGUGCCGGUCCCUGGUCGAGCUGGCCCAGGGGUGCACCCACAUCACGUGCCGGUGCAAGGCGCAGUUCUGCUACAUCUGCGGCGCCGUCUGGGACCCUGCCGUCGGCUGCCCCAACUUCUGCAACGGCGAGGAGGAGAUGGAGCGCCGCCGCGUGGAGGAGGAGGCCCGGCGGGCCGAGCUCGAGGCCGAGAAGGAGGCGCGCCAGAGGGAGGCCGAGGCCGAGGAGAGGGAGAAGGAGGACGCCGAGAGGCGGACGCGCGAGAGCCCCGAGUUCCGGGCGCUCAGGGCGGAGCAGGAGGCCGAGAGGGCCCGGUUCGGAGCCUACGAGCGGAGGGUGAAGGAGGCCCUGCGGGCGCGGCAGCAGCGCAGGAAGGUCGCCCUGGCCGACAAGUUCUCGGACCUGAUGGACCGCAUGCGCGAGCGGCACGCCAAGACGGAGCAGCACCUCGAGGACCUCCAGGUCAUGGCCGAGAUCGAGCUGCAGGCCAGCCUGGAAGAGAAGCGGAAGAGGGUCCAGAUCAAGCUCCGCCACAUGGAAGACUACUGCGCAGGCAAGAUCGCGGCCUCCGGCAACGACGGCAACGACGGCAACGACGAAUCAUCCCCGUCAUUAUCAUCACCACAAUCACCACAAUCACCACAUCCAUCACCACCAACAGCACCACCAUCAUCAUCAUCAUUACCUUCAUCACCAUCAUCACCAUCAUCACCAUCGCCACCAUCGCCACAAGAACAACAACACCAAGCCCACCAAACCCAGGCGGCGCCCCCACCAGACGCCGGCAGCAGCAGCAGCAGCAGCAGCCGUCGCAGCAUGCCCCAGCGCAAGGUCACGGAGCGCGACCUGGAGCAGCUGCGGCAGCAGUACAGCCUGCGCGACGGCAUGGAGCGGCGGCACCGGUCGCAGAUCAACGGCCUGCGCGAGAAGCAGGCCAGGAGCAUGGAGGAGCUGGUGGGGCGGCACGAGCGGGAGCGCGAGGCGCUGGCCGACCGCCGCGCCGAGGAGGUCGAGGACCUCGCGGUCCGCUUCGCCAACGAGGAGGACGCCCUCCUGCGCACCCUCGCCGACCGCCGCGCCCGCCUCGCCCGCCGCUGGCUCCUCGCCGCCGAGGUCCUCCGCGCCGAGCUCGAGGCCCGCCACCGCCGCAGGUUCGCCCCCAUGCCCGUCACCCCCUGGCCGGACGAGGAGGAGGAGGAGGAGGAGGAGGAGGAGCCUCGCCGCAUGGCCGUGGAAGUGGGUUGCGCGUAAUCACUCACCGUUCCAUUUUUUCAAUUCCUGUUCUCUUCUCUUCUCUUCUGCUCUCUUCUCUUUUAGCCUUUUUUCUUCAAUCUCAUCU